AUGCCUGGUAUUGCUCCCCCUCGCCGACCUCAGCGUCUAUCUGGUCUUGGAGGCAAGACUUCUGGCUCCUUCAAACCAAUCCCUCGUCCAGCAAAAAGAUCAGAAUGUGGCUGUGACGCUCCCAGUUUCGAAGUCAUUGACGGUGCCAAGAUUUGUUUGAACUGUGGUACUCAAGUCAGCGAGCAAAACAUUGUCGCCGAAGUCACUUUUGGAGAGUCGUCUACCGGUGCUGCCACAGUCGAAGGUGGCAUCGUCAAUGAAAACUCACGUCACGCAAAGACGCUGGGCGCCGCUGCUGCUCGCAGGCUAGGUGCUUCGAUGCAGAGCAGGGAGGACAGCGAGAACAAUGGCCGUGAAUCCUUGCGUUUGUUCACUGCACGUCUACCCAUUCCACCUGAUGUCUCAGACAAGGCCAUGGGUAUCUGGAAACUCGCUUCUAACAGCAACUUCACACAAGGCCGCCGCGCUGAUGAGGUCGCUGGUGCUUGUUUGUACAUCGCUUGUCGAAACAAGGCUGAGAAUACAAUCUUGCUCAUGGAUAUUGCCGAAGUCAUCUCGGUCAACGUGUUCAGCUUGGGUGACACCUACAAGGGUCUACUGGCUAACCUCUUUGUGGACUUCAAGGAAACUACCAAGAUGAUUGAGGUUGAACCGUUGAUUCUCAAGUAUGCCAGCAAGCUUGAGUUUGGUGAAAAGACACGUCAGGUCGCCGAGGAUGCUGUCAAGAUUAUUCGCCGUAUGAAGAGAGAUUGGAUUGUUACUGGAAGACACCCAGCUGGUCUUUGUGGUGCCUGCCUCAUUCUUGCAGCUCGGAUGAACAAUUUCCGUCGCACAGUCAGAGAAGUCGUCUUCGUCGUCAAGGUCGCCGAUCUCACGAUCUCAAAACGUCUCGAAGAGUUUAAGCGUACCCGUGCUGCUCAUCUCAAGAUUGAUGAGUUCCGCGAAAAGGGUGUGAGAAUCAGGGAACAAGCAGAUCCCCCGGCUCUCCUGGAAGCGGAACUUCGAAAACAGAAACUCUUGAGGAAACAGCUGAAGCGCAAGGCCUAUGAAAUGAGCAAAGAGUCAUCACGUCAAUCCUCUGCAGCCCCUGAGCCUGGGUCCUCUCAAGCAGAAGCAGCACAAUCCGCCAAACGACAANAGGUGUCGAGCGCCCGCAGCAAUGCCGCCGUCCAAGCUGCAACUCAGCAGCAACACCCCCGCCGUGAUGCAGACGGUUUCGCCAUCCCUGAUAUUCCUCUCGAUCCAGCCCUUCGCCGGAGCGCCAGUGUUGUCUCCGAUACACAAGCAAACACUGAAACAUCUUCUACACCCGAACCCACAGAAAUCAUCAAAGUCAAGAGCGGUCGCAAGAAGGAGACCAUCGCACCACCACCCCUUACCGACGCCGAUUUCAUGGCCGAAGAAGAACUCGAAGGCGAAAUCCAGAAUAUCCUCCUGGAACGCGAAUGUGUUUCCUCCAAGGAACAAGCUGAGAAGGAGAAGAUUGAAGAACGCGCAAAGACACUUGCAGAACAACAACGUGCCGCCAUCGUGCAAAAAAAUGCUCUAAGGCUCGAAGCCAUGGGUCGUACUCAUACUCUCGUCUCCGAUUCUGAGAUUAUUGGUGAAGACGAGUUUGCUGAUGAUCCUGAGGUUGCCAAUGCGCUGUUGAGCGAGGAGCAGGUCAAAGUAAAGGAAAUGAUCUGGGUCGCCCACAACGAAGACUGGCUCCGCGCCCAACAAGCCAAGCAAUUGAAGAAGGCACUCGAAGAAGCAGAAGGCAAAGACAAGAAAACCAACAAGCGCAAAAGANGAGGUCGCAUGGGCGAUGGCACUGUCCUCACAGAUGCGGGAACACCUGUAGAGUCGCCAGCAGAUGCUUCUUUGCGUAUGUUGGAGAAGAGAGCUCCCAAAGGUUUCUCGCAAAGAGUCAACUAUGCUGCUCUUGGCAAAAUCUAUGGUGAUCGUAGACAUGGAGAGUCAAGGGCUGGAUCGGAAGUCUCGACACCUGCACCAGAGAGCGUGCGCGCCGCUACUCCUUCUACCGCUUCACAAUCCCCUGAAGCCGGACCCGCACAAGCUGCUCUCCCUACACCAGCGGCCACACAGGCCUCUCCACAUGACGAAUCCGCACAUACCGCAACAGAAGAAGCCGUGCCAACCGCACCAGCAGAAGAUGAGGAAGCAGAAGGGGAUGACGAUGAUGACGAAGGCGACUACUGGUCAGACCAAGAAGCCCAACCUACCUCUCCACAAUACGAGGACGAGGAAUUUGAAGCUGCUACCGGGGAUUUGACCGGAGACUUUGGCAUUGGAGACGACGAUUACGGUGGUGAUGAAGGAGAUGAAUGGUAG